AUGAUUCCAGCGAGCCAUCAAGUCCAAGAGUCGGUCAGUGUCUCGGUGAUUCAGAGCAACAACGGAGGCCGGAUCAUCGUGGAGAAACCAAUUCUCCUAUCCGAACUGUGGCCUGUAGAUGAUGAGGACGACCGCAGUAGUACGAGCAAUGCCAGCACCACCAACGAGAGCAGUCGCAGUGAUGAUUCACAAAACAAGAGCAGCAAGAAAGCAAGCCGCCGAUGGAAGAUCUUCAACCGAAGAAAGCGAGGCAUGAAAAGAGCAGCAAAGAACGUUGAGGACCGAUCCUCUGACGACCUGAUCAGCCACCACCCUGCAGCUGUUCCCAUGGCCCAUAUGAUUCCAGAGCAAAUGCCAAUGACGAGAGAAGUUUCCGCUUGA